AUGGGCGGUAUUGACGAGGCAGCUCUGGACCGUCUGGCCCUGGUUACGGAGCUAACCCGGCGGAUCCGGGUGCGCGCCAGUCUGGAGGAUAUUUCUGCGCUGUCCGAAUUCACACCGUCCUUCCUCUGGCUGCUGCGUGACUUCUACUACGACCUGGAGUACAAGGGCGUGAAGCAAGCCCCGCGGGACUAUUUGGAGACAGCCCUGAUGCCCACUCCAGGGAAGGGGCCCGCAGUGGAGCUGAAAAACAUGAUACGCGAGUCCAUCAAGUCGCUCUUUCCUGACCGAGAUUGCGUAACCCUGGUGCGACCCGUGACGGACGAAGAGGCGCUCCGGAACCUAGCUACACUGCCGCGAGAGCAUCUGAGGCCGGAGUUUGUAGAGGUGGGCAGUAGUACUGGGUGGGAGGGUGAGAGGUUGGGCAGGUGGUGCCUGAGUUGA